CGCGCGGGUCAGCGCGGAAGGGGCCGUUUAAAGUCGAGGUAGCGGAGGAUGGCCGUGGACGAGCGCGAAGAGGGCGGGGCCUCCGAGGAGCUGGAGUGCGGCAUCUGCUGCAUGCCUUACGAUCGCUGCGGCCGCGCGCCGCGCCGCCUCGGGGGCGCGCACGGCUCGUGGAAGCCCUCCCGCUGCCGCCACGUGAUUUGCAGCGCCUGCGUGUGCCAGCUGGCGCGCGAGGGCUGGUGGGAGGAGGUCACGUGCCCUUACUGCCGCGCCGUCACCUCCCUGCGCGAGCGCGGCAACUUCCUCGUGGCCGGCGUCAGGCGCGGGAGUGCGGGCCUUACCGGGGGCGGCCGCCGCCGCCUGGUCCUGCCGCCCAUCGACGCCGAGCUCUGGCAGCGCGUAGUCCGCCUCGAGAAACAAGGGGCCGGCGGGAGCAAGGCCGAGGAGCACCUGGGGGAGAAGGAGGGCGACGAGGAGGAGGACGGCGGCGACGCCGAGGCCGGCCAAUGGCGCCUGUGGAGGGCGCUAAAGAGACUCCUGAAGGGAGGAAGUGGGGACAGCGAUGCGUCUGCGCGGAGCAGGAGAGGGCGUGGCCGGAGCAGGUCCGUGCCCCCCAGGCGGAGACCACCAAUCAACCCCUAUGGCCCUGAAAUAAAGGACUUGGCACUCAUGACUUGCUACAUCAUCUGAAAAGUGGCUGGCUUGGAAUCAACAAGCUUUUAUGAGCCUGCUACAUCAGAAGAGUAGCCAGCUUGCACCUUCAAGGCUUUGAUGAAGCAUCCCUUGUCCACCCAUGGGGUGUCCUUUCCCUGCAGCACGUGCAGGAUGACUGAGGUGAUGCCUGUUCUUCUGGUUACCAUGCGACAGAUUUUCACCAUGCUGCUCAGGGAGGUGCUAUUCCUUAUGACCCAAGAAGAGCUAGAGCAACUCUUUCAUCCCUUCUCCCCUCACAGCUUCUGGAGCAAAGUGUGGAAGAUAGCAGCAGAAAGUGGAGGAUGGCCUGUCACGUGAUACAAGAUUACAUCUCUUCUGGACUAAGUCCGUGUCUUGAAGGCUGACUUGCAGUCAAUUUAUCUUGCACAUAGGUUGUUUAACAUGGUUCUGAACCAUGGAAAGUUUUCCAUUGUCUAUGUGCCUUUCAAAAAAACUGAGGCGGCAUACAUUUCUGAAAGUACCCUCCUAUGUGCACUCUGGCAAAAAUGGGAUGGAUGCAGCCAAAAUUGGAUGGCUUACAAUUUGAACAUAUAUUUUUGGCACUUGUAAUACUUUGUUUUCCUACUGCAAAGUAGCCAUUUUAACAAAAUUUAGCAUGUGCCAUUGUAUGAAGAGAUCGAGGGUGGAAAUACCGUGCCUUGCAAUCCCUGUGUGUAUGUGUAUGUAUAUUUUGUUUUCAGCCUUGCAAGCUACAUCUUUCAUAUUUGGCUUUCUUUUUUUUACCCUCAGCAUACCUAACAAAUUUGGUUAAAUGACUUCAUGGAAAUAUUUUGGUAUAUUAUCCAGUUCUUACUAAGGAUCUCCCCCCCCCCCCCGUUGCAACAUGUUUUUGACACAAAGUUGAGGGUGUUUCUUAGUUUAUCAGAUGAGUAGCUGAAGUAAAAGUUUAUUUGACCAAAGGUCCUUUGAGAAGACCAUCCAGGCUACAAGCAGGGCUCAUAAUCCUUGUGACUGUUGGUUUGGCUUGUGCUUCCUCUGACCAAUACCAUUUUCUUUUGCUGCAUUCAUUACAAACUACAGAACAGAUUAUGCAGGCUCUCCCAUGUUGGAAAUCUCAUAUGUGAAAAGUAUCAGAAGAGGCAGUCGGCCUCUCCUAGCUAGAUACUGUGUUUUUCCUGACAAGGAAAUUAUUUAAGUGUUUGUUUGUUUGUUUGUUUGUUUUAAGAAGCAUUUCUGUGAAAUGUAUUUGGCAUACUUAAUAAUUUCAUAUUUAUAAUUCUUCCCCGUUUUGCCAAUUGUAACUUAUUUAAUUUUAAUAAAAACCCAAGAGUUGAACUAUUAUUUUAGUGGUUAUCUUUUUGGUUUUGUAAAAAGCCCCUUAGUCCCAAACACAACAGUUAAGGACGUCACCAGUUGAAUUCUGACCUACACCUCAAUUCCAAACCUUAGCAGCCAAACAAAACCCCUCAGACCACAGACUACCAGCCUUUCCACAGCACACUGUUUGGGAAUCAUUUUACCAACCUAAAAGAUUUAUGGGCCUUUGUUGAUAUAGGGCAGGGGUCAGCAAACUUUUUCAGCAGGGGGCCGGUCCACUCUCCCUCAGACCUUGUGGGGAGCCGGACUAUAUUUUGAAAAAAAAUAUGAACGGAUUCCUAUGCCCCACAAAUAACCCAGAGAUGUAUUUUAAAUAAAAGGACACAUUCUACUCAUGUAAAAACACCAGGCAGGCCCCACAAAUAACCCAGAGAUGCAUUUUAAAUAAAAGGACACAUUCUAUUCAUGUAAAAAUAUGCUGAUUCCCGGACCGUCCGCGGGCCGGAUUUAGAAGACGAUUGGGCCGCAUCCGGCCCCCAGGCCUUAGUUUGGGGACCCUUGAUUUAGGGGGCCUAGCCCUGCCUUGAAACAAGCCUUUGUCUUGGGUCAGCAGAAUGUAGUGACCCACCUCCUAACCAAGCAAGAACUGAGUGUUAUCUAGCAUCAGCACUGCUUUGACAUGGCAGCAAAAACCUUGAAAAUGGGCAGGACUGAUACAGGUUGUAGACCAGGCAUGUCAAACAUGCGGCCCUCCAGCUAUUUUGGCCUACAACUCCCAUGAUCCCUAGCUAGCAGGACCAGUGGUUGGGGAAGAUGGGAAUUGUAGUCCAAAACAUCUGGAGGGCCUCAGGUUUGACAUGCCUGUCGUAGACCAAAAUAACUGAAAGGCAGUUGUCAAAGGGUGCUCAGGGUCCAAAAGGUUUGUGAGCUCUUGAGGCCGGGUAGUGCCCUUCAUCCUAAAGCUCUCAAGGUGAGGAAAAGAUCUAAAUUUGGAGGAAGGUGGAUGUAAAAGACUUACAUUUGGUUUCUUGUAGGAGUGGGGCAAAUAGUUUGCAGAAUUUUUUAUUGAUUACAUUUAUAUCCCACCUAUUCACUUAGGAGCUCAGGAUGGUAGACAUAGUUUUCCCUCUGUUUCAUCUUCACAACCCUGUGAGAUAGGUUUGGCUGAGAGGCAUUGUGACCCAAGAUCACCAGGUGAGCUUCAUGGCCAUGUGUGGAAUUGAACCCUGGUUUCUCCAAGGUCCUAGUCUGACACCUAAACCACACUGCCUCACUGCAUUCAAGAGAGCUUGACAAUACAGUACUGAAGGUUUGGCUAGCCAGGUGGCACCUGCCAUUUCCCAACACCUUGAGUAGAUAAGACCUCUGUGUGUUCCCUGCAACCUGCAGAUUCUUCACCUGGGUGACUCAGGUUGCUGCAUUCCUUGCUUUAGCACACCUGUCCCAGGCUCUUUCCAAUUCUAGUUUCCCCAUCGAGAGGAUUGCAGCAAUUUCCAAGCCAUCAUAUCCUGUUUAAUCAUCACUCUGGACUCUGCAACCAGCCUCUCUCCCAUGACUAGGGACAAGGGCUGCUUUUAAUGAGCCUGUGUGGGUGGCAUCUGCAUGACACACUCUGGCUAGUCCACCCUAGCCCACAGCCAGCCAGACACAAACAUGCUGCAAACGUGAGGGAUGUGACUCAAACUUUUGGCGGCCAAGGAACCUCAUUUUGGAAAUGAAGCUGGAAAUUGCCUUGAGGCAGUGGCAUGUGAUCAGGAGAGCAACCUGUUAACAAGCCAAGCCCAACAUGUGAACUGUGAGUCUACAACUCCAAAGGAGAAUUUGGGGCAGGAUUUGGGUCAGCUUUAAGCCUAAAAAGGGUUACACUGAUAUACCUGAAGUGCCACAGAAGCUGGCCUUUUUUUCUUAAAAAGUAAGACACGCCUGGACGUAGCUGAUUCCCAUGGUAAACAAUGUUAUUGGGAGCUGUAUCUACUUUGUGUUAUGCGAGCCCACCAUUUGUGACUGGUGCCCCCAUUGGUCCAAAAAGGUUGGCAACUCCUGAUUUAUGGCACUAGUCCUCAAAC